AAUUCCCUCAACCAAACAAAGGCCUAAAGCACCUUGGUUAUCAAAAACAUCAACAGAAGCUGUUAAAAAAAAAAAAAACAUCAACAGAGAAGAAAAUCACUCAUCAGCUGGUUCAUCUCCUCCUCCUAGCCUCUCUCGGAUAGCUCCCUUGCGCCUUGCCAACUGAAUCAAAUCGUGGGCAAAUUUGCUUAGGUUUUCAGGAGAGAUAAAAUGCAGUUUUUCGGGACAACGGAGAUAAACCCAUCACCACCAGCGGUAACAGCGGCCGGAAACAAUGCACACAUGAUGUACAUAUUCAAUAGAAAUGGGGUUUGUUUGCUUUACAGGGAAUGGAAUCGUUCACUUCAUACAUUGAGUGCUCAGCAAGAUCAGAAGCUCAUGUUUGGUCUCCUCUUUUCCCUCAAAUCUCUCACUGCUAAAAUGGAUCCUACUAGUGCCGAUAAGGUGAACCUUGGGGUGCCUCAAUUGCCUGGCCAAGGGUGUUCUUUUCACAGUUUCCGCACCAAUACCUACAAACUUAGUUUUAUGGAAACUCCAUCAGGAAUAAAGCUUAUCUUGGUCACUCACCCUAGAACUGGUGAUCUACGAGAAUCACUAAAGUACAUUUACAACUUGUAUGUUGAAUAUGUUGUCAAGAAUCCACUUUAUACUCCCGGAACUCCAAUCAAGUAUGAGCUGUUCAACACUACUCUAGACCAAUAUGUUCGAGGCCUGGGUUAAUGUCUGAAAGACGGCUAAACUGGAAUUCACUGGUGAUGCAGCAUCUUGCUUCUUUUCUGAUAUGAAUUUACAACUGUCAAUUCGUUAUCUUAUCCUUGAACAAGAUAUAUACCUGAAAGUGAGCUAGAAGCCUACAAGUGUUGACAUUUCACGAUUUAUACUUUGGUGGAAGUCGGAAUACAGGGAGUCUCUUCUUUACCUUGUAUAUUUGUCAGAUUCUCGAGGAUGUUGAGCAUUCACCAGAAAUAUUAAAUUUGCAGCAGUGUCUGUUGUUCUGGGUUUUGCUGAUUUAACAGAUGUGUGUUGUUGAUUAUAUUAUAAGUGACUGAGCACAAGAUUGAUUUUUUUUUUCCCCCAAAGGAGCGCAUAUACGAUGCACGAUUCAUGUACUGAGUAUUACACUGUGAAUAAUAAGAAGUCACUCAUAAAAUAGGA